UAAACAAAACAAACCACACGAAAAUGGCGCAUGUGAGCAGGAUUUAGGAAAGGAGCCUUCAUCGUUAUGAAUAGUUCUUCCCAAGAUAAAGGACAACGCAGUCCUGAAGUUUCUUUACACGUUAUCCACCGUGUCUUGGGGUUUUCGCGCUCUACCUGGGAAAAUCUCUCUUGUUAUAGCAGGGAAAAUUUUCUUUCUUUACAUCGAUCAUUAUGACAGAAACUGUAGGAGAGUUUUUCUACAACAAGAAGGACCUGAUAGGCCAUGGAGCUUUCGCUGUGGUCUUCAAAGGGCAACAUAAGAAGAAAUCGGAUUUCGUGGUAGCAGUCAAGGUCAUUUCAAAGAAGAAUCUUUCCAAAACACAAAGUCUCCUGGCAAAAGAGAUCAAAAUAUUGAAGGAACUCCAACAUGAGAAUGUGGUGUCGCUUUUCGACUGCCAGGAGCUCCCCAGCAGUGUUUAUCUAGUGAUGGAGUAUUGCAAUGGAGGUGAUCUUGCUGACUACUUGCAAGAAAAAGGCACACUUAGUGAAGACACCAUCAGAAUGUUUCUCCAGCAGAUAGCAUCAGCAAUGAAUGCUCUUCAAUCAAAAGGGAUUGUGCACAGAGAUCUUAAGCCACAGAACCUUUUGCUAAGCCAUUCAGCAGCAUCUCACCCUUCACCAGCUGACAUCAGGAUCAAGAUAGCUGAUUUUGGGUUUGCAAGGUUUCUUCCUGGAGAGAUGAUGGCUGCUACAUUAUGUGGAUCUCCAAUGUACAUGGCCCCUGAGGUUAUCAUGUCUAAGGCCUAUGAUGCCCGUGCAGACCUGUGGAGCCUGGGAACCAUUGUGUAUCAGUGUUUAACUGGAAAAGCACCAUUCCAGGCCAACAGCCCUCAAGCGCUGAAAAAAUUCUAUGAGAAAAACAAGAAUGUUUGUCCAAACAUUCCUGCUGGGACCUCAAGUCAGCUAAAACACCUUCUAAUGGGCCUUUUGAAAAGAAAUCCCAAGGACCGUAUGGAUUUCGGUGAUUUCUUUACUCACCCAUUUCUGACAGGAGGAGUUCCCUACAGAACUUCCACUCCUGUUGCAGUCCCAAAUCGUCAACGGAAUCAUAGCGGCAGCUCUCAGGGCACCAGGUCUUCAGGGUCUAGCUCACCAAGCUACAGUGCAGAAGCCCUGGGUGAUAUCCGCGUAGACCUGCUGCGUCGCAUGACCCCGCCCUAUGAUAUGCCAGGGACUUCACCACAAGAUCCCCCUGCCCUGAUACAAGUCAGUGGCGAGCGCAGUCCCAAUGUUAUUGGGCGAGUGCAGAGAACAUCCGGGAACUACAUGUACAGUCCUCCACGCACUAUUCUGGAUGAGGAACCAGAGCCUGAGGAUUUUGUGAUGGUGCCAAAGAACAUUGACAUUCCUGAUGGUAAAGUGCGCUGCUCCUGGGAUCCAUCUCAUCCAUUCAGCCAAUCUCCACCACCCAGCAGCCCAUUUCUGCAGUCGCCUAUGACAUCCCCUCGCAGGGCAACAUUUACUGUUGGCUCUCCAUCCUCUCCCCCUACCCCUCGAACUCGCAGAUACUCUAGUGGUUCCCGCUGCUCCCCUUCAUCACAGUCACCUCAGGACUUUCAUCAACCAGCUGGCCAUUCCCCACAUAGCAGACCGAUUCGCCGUACACAUUCAUCAUCAUCCCCGGGAGUUCCACUAUCUCCGCCACCCACUAUGACUAUUGUAUCUAAACCUACUAGCACACCUGUCCCAGUCCCACGCAGAGCUACAUUCUCAGGGUUACCACAAGCUGCUUUUAGUCAACCUACCAGGAAAAUCACACCGACUUCACCGCAAUCUAUGGGGAAAGAACUCACUUCAAGGAAAUCGCCCUUUUCAGACGGUGCUAUCCCUGUACCCUCUCAGUCUAUUCCACGCAGUACACAUGGAAAGGAAGGGCCAAAGGCUGCUACCCCAGGACCUGUCACUGCUGCUGCGAAGGCUAUGACACAGCAGGCAGCGGCCUACAACGUGGGGGCACUGGGGAGGCAAGAGGGUACAACCAUACAGCGAGCUCUGACCAACAUAGACUCAAGCAACGGCCAAGCCACAGAACAAUCUUCACCAAUCCUCUCUGCCCUUGCACGACAAUCAAACACAGGAACCUUACUAGGAGAAAUGAACAGAGUCGAGGAGAAACACAUGAUAAGAGUCCAUAGUUCCCCUGCGAUUUUAGCAACGGCUGCCAUGGGUCUCCCACGCAAUAGAUCCCUUCUAAAUAACAUGGCUCUCCAGCUGGUUCCGCCUACUUCUGGCAUGAGAAGGAUCGCCAGUGCUGGGACCUAUGCCCCUUAUCAGCAGCUCACCUCACCUGAUACUGCCGCGCCCAAGACCUCACCGCCCACACUACCGCCCAUCCCUGGCUCGCCCACCAAGUCGAUACAGAGCAGGGAGGGCGGAGACAAGGAGCUGAAGCCGCUGAGGGGACUCUUUACCACAGGUUCCUCCCCACCCCUGUCUAACGCCAUGAUGGGUGAUGGUGAUAUCAUCCCUUUCAAGUCGUUGCCGAAGUGUGGACUGUCGUUCACUGGCAAGGUCGGAUCUCCAACCAAUGAGCAGCCGGUACUCGUCAGCCCGGGUACAAAGAUCACAGUAGGGUUCAGUGAGGCGUCGCCCUCGUCACCUCGCCGCACGAGUAUAAGUCACGAGGUGGAACCAUGCUCCCCCGAGAUGGAGGGAACUAUUGCACUCAUUGCACCGGAGCUGCCAGAGGACACACUCAUGGAGACGGAGCACACAGAUGGCGUGCGCAAGCUGAAUUUUGCGCUGUCUCUGGUGGAUGCCAUUCAGGAGGUGAUCGGCGCGAGGAGUACUCCUCUCACCACGCUAGCGGACUCCAUGGCCCUUAGGAUGAAUGAGAGCCUCGUAAGCGACCAGAUCGGGUUUAUAAGCGAGGAGUGUCGUACCGCUGAGCAGCUCGUGCUGUACCUCAAGGCUCUACGAGUGCUGAGUCUAGCUCUGGAAUUCGCUCAAAAAGAGCUCAGCGAGCACAGGCUUAAGCCUUCAAACGCCGUCAAGAACGUGGUGAACGACCUAACGAACCGGUACCGACACUGCCUCCAGAAGACGUCACAAAUCAAGUUAUCACUCCGCCCAAGACCCCAUGCUAAUGCUAGCGACAAGACGAUAGCGGUAAAUGCAGACAAGCUUAUGUAUACUCACGCUAUGGACCUGUGUCAAAAUGCUGCGCUGGAUGAGCUCUUCGGGAACCCAAAGGAGUGUCGACAGAAGUACGAGACGGCUCAGCUGCUGUUGCGCGGGCUUGAGAGCGACGCCCAGAAGGACACAGAUCUCGCUCUACUGCAAAAGUAUAAGAGAAGUGUCGACGAGAGAUUGACUCAAUUAUCUCGACGUAGGACGAGCUCGAUCAGUACUCGAUGACACUCGUUUGGAGACCAACAGUUAUUAUUUAUAUAAUCAAAAAUGCUCUUCACUCCACUGGAGACGAUAUGCUUCAAGUCUGUCACCCACAUGGGUGAAGAGGCAAGCCCAGCCUUCCCAGCAUGCAUCAUUUUAUAGAGUAUUCUACGCUCUUCUUUGUACUAUAAAGCUGUAGAUGUAAACGAACGUCUAAAGCCAGGGUCACGGGGCUUAAGUACCUGACAAAUGUUACGCUCUCACUGGUGUAGGGAAUGGCCGCCAAAGUUUCAAGUGAGUUGGCCGGUUUUAGUGAAAUCGAUUUCCAUUUUGUAGAAAAAUAUGUUUUUUAUGUGUGUUCGACCGAAUAAUUGGGCGAUAGGUGAAGCGUACAUUUGUGUUUGGGUUGGUUAUAUUGUACAGAGGAAUCCUGCUAAAUAAGGGCACCUCGUCAGAUAACCCAUGCACUUUCUGUUAAUUUGAACCCGCCGGAUCAGGAAACCCCAUUGAAAGGGAUCCCAUAAGAGCCGUUGUUAUAAGGCCACACCUUUGUUAUUGUUUUAAUUUAAUAUUGGAAGACAAAUCAAGCAAAUAAUGCGAUAAGAAUAAUCAUCUGAAGUUUCAUAAUUUAUUAACAAGGCUCAAGCGGAAAUUUUGCCAUCAGGCGAUUGAAAUGGUUUCUUUUUCACACUUGGAAUUUACUAGGGUAACAAAAUGGCGGCUAAAAGAGAUUUUUUAACGGCGUUCGACUGUACUACUAAUUUGUUUUGAUUGUUUCAGUCUUCAGUGUUAAAGGGUCGGGUCUAGCUAUCGUAUAAGGGAAGAGUAAGAUAAUAUUUGAAAUUUAUUUAUGGGUUCAUUGAACAAACCAGAUGUCCUACUCUAGGGCGAAAAAAAUACAAAGAAACAGAGAAAAUAAAAGAUAAAAUGUAGUAUAUUGUAUAAGGUUUUGUAUAACUUGUAAAUGGCAUCCACCCAAUCUAUGUAAAUAUUUCGCUACUUUAUUAUCAUGAUUUUAAAGGCUCGUGGUUUACUAUUAGUGACAAUAAACCACAAAUAAAUGCCAA